UUAUUAAUUUUCAAUUUUGAUGCAUUCACAUUCAUUGUUCGCAGUGUGCCCCAAAUUUUCAAUUUUCUUUCUUCCAUAGCAAAGCCAACCGUCGCCGUUAUUGGUGCCAGUGAAGCAUUCAUCUUCGCUUUAAUCCAUCAAAAUUCAACCUAUCGGAUCUGCUUCCCAUUUUUCCAAUAAUCAAUCUCCGAUUCUGGGUUCUGGCUAGGGUUUACGCUUUGUGCUGAUUUGAGGGAUCGGAGCUUGCCCAGAAUGGGAGUACUGGUUCCGGUUUUCCUCUACAUCGUCGCUUUCUUUUGCACCAUUGGAGCUAUCGCUUUGGCUGUUCUCCACAUUUAUAGGCACCUUCUCAAUUAUACUGAACCUACUUAUCAGCGUUUCAUUGUUCGCAUCAUUUUUAUGGUCCCGGUUUAUGCGCUAAUGUCAUUCUUGUCCCUUGUUGUGCCUGAGUGUUCAAUCUAUUUUGAUUCUAUUCGGGAAGUCUAUGAAUCUUGGGUCAUUUAUAAUUUCCUGUCACUGUGUCUGGCAUGGGUCGGUGGUCCUGGAGCAGUUGUGAUAAGUUUGAGCGGUCGGGUUAUGAAGCCGUCAAUGUGUCUGAUGACUUGUUGCUUUCCUCCCAUACCACUGGACGGGCGUUUCAUACGUAAAUGCAAGCAAGGGUGUUUGCAGUUUGUUAUUUUGAAACCCAUUUUAGUUGUCGUCACACUUAUACUUUAUGCAAAGGGGAAAUAUAAGGACGGGAAUUUCAGUCCAAAGCAGUCGUACUUGUAUCUUACGAUCAUUUAUACGUUCUCAUAUACAAUGGCUCUCUAUGCUCUUGCUUUGUUUUAUGUGGCAUGCAAGGAUCUGCUUCAGCCAUUCAAUCCAGUCCCAAAGUUUAUUAUAAUAAAAUCAGUUGUAUUCCUGACUUAUUGGCAGGGCGUGUUAUUCUUCCUUGCUGCAAAGUCGGGAUUCAUUGAGGAUGCUGAUGAAGCUGCUCUACUUCAAAAUUUCAUUAUUUGUGUUGAGAUGCUUGUUGCUGCUGUGGGCCUUUUUUACGCAUUUCCAUACAAAGAAUAUGCUGGUGCUAAUAUAGGUGGAUCCCGUGGUUUGACUGCUAGCCUUGGGCAUGCUUUGAAGUUAAAUGACUUUUACCACGAUACAGUCCACCAGUUCGCACCAACGUAUCAUGAUUAUGUUCUCUAUAACCACAGUGAAGGUGAAGAGGGAACAAGAAAGUACAGGUCACGAACUUUUGUUCCAAUUGGCCCAGAGAUGGAUACUGCGAGAAGAAGUAAGCAUAUGUUUGGAAACAAGUUAGAUGACAUACAACUGUCAAGUUUAUCUUCUUCUAAUAGUAGCACUCCCUCAAAUUCUGGUCCCGUGCCUGAUGCUUCAAAUUCUGAUGCAAUGAAAUCUUCCUUGCUUGUGGAUAUGUCCAAUUCUGUAUCCAUACCAUACGAUUUGACGCUUAUUGACUUGGAUGUAUCCAGUUACCCUGAAAAAGUUCCUGCUGCUGAUAAAGCUGGUGCUAGGUGACCCUGAGGAGCAUUCACAGCUAGUUGGUGGGGAAAAUGUUAUUGCUAGACAGAGGAGAUUAGAAGGGCGUCUAACAUUAUUUUCUGUGCUUGGAGAGAACUAUGAUCCAAGUGUGGUUUUUAAAUUCCUGGAAAGUAUUCAAGCAGAUCCUGUGUGAACAUACAAUCUGCGUUACAAGUCCGUAGUCAGCCUCACUCCCUAGCAAAACAGUCCUUGAUAUUUUCUCGGUCUUGAUCCUGUAAUUGUCUCCGAUGGUUGUGUGUCCUGUGUGCUCAUUGUAGAUACGGAGCUUGUUUGACAUACUUUAAAGUUUAAAGUUCAAACAGGUCAGAUACUCAAGAAAUUCGAACUAGAAUUAAUUUAUUGAUUCU